AUGAAAGCCAUUCAAAUCCUAGGUGAAAUUUCCUCGCCCGAAAUCACCACAAAUCGCUCAAUGAUCGAGCCAACUCCUAAAGGCUCGGAACUUCUCGUCAAAGUCCACGCCGCCGGAAUAACCGGAGACGAAAUUAUCUGGCCGGAACCAUACGCCACUUCAACCCGAAUCCCAGGACACGACAUCUCGGGCGUGAUCUCCUCUACUGGGCCAGACUACCAAGGCCCACUGCAAAUCGGCCAUGAAGUCUUUGCUUUUCUCGGGGGGGAUCGAGGUCAGGGCCAAGCAGACUAUGUGAUUUGCCUACCGAGUGAAGUUGCGCAGAAACCGACAACAUUGUCUCAUGCAGAAGCAGCCGCAUUGCCUAUUCCCCUUCUUACAGCUUGGGAAGCGCUUGUCGAUCAUGGAGCACUUAAAUCACAUGAAUCUGGAAAGAGGGUUCUCGUUACAGGUGCUUCGGGUGCCGUUGGUACUUAUGCUGUUCAAUUUGCAGCACAGGCGUUCAAUGCGCACGUUAUUGCGUUGGCUUCUUCUCGGAAUCAUGAAAUGUUGAGAAGACUGGGUGCGAGUGAAGUUUUUGACUAUGGGGUCACCGACUGGGAAAAUAAGAUCGCCGACGUUGAUAUGGUUCUCGAUACGGUUGGAGGUGAUAUCUUGAAAAAGACUUGGGAGUGCGUCAAGGAUGAUGGAGUCAUCGUGACUGUUGGAGAUCCUGCGCCUGCGUGGGCAUUUGGACGAGGUCAAGCUGAGGAAUCUGUUGAUCAUCCAAAUGUGCGAUAUGUGCACUUUAUCGUGUCUCCAAAUGCAGAGGGACUAAGGAAGAGUGGUGAAAUGAUUGACAAUGGUAGCCUGGAGAAACUUGAGAUCAAAUCUUUUCUUUUUGAUGAAGCAAAAGCAGCGUGGGGCUGUGCUCGGCAGAGGAAUCGCGGAUAUAAGGUUGUUAUUGAUUUUAUCGAGGAGGAAUCUCAGGGCUGUUAA